AUGUUUAAUUUAGUUACUAGGUUUCAAGCUGCUACAAAUCAAGCAUUAACUGCAUCUGUAAUAAUAACUGGGGUUGUAAUAGCAUUAACUAUUCUACAAUUGUUUAAAGAUGAUGUUUGGAAUUUACAAACAACUCAAGUUACAAAUUUUAAACCAACAUCGAAUUGGAAAUAUUCAUAUCAAUAUGGUUCAAUUAAUCGUAAACCAAAGGAAAAUACAAAAUUACAAUUUAAUUUAAAAACAGAUUUAUCACAUUUAUUCAAUUGGAAUACAAAACAAAUUUUUAUUUAUUUAACUGCUGAAUAUCCUGGAAAAUCAACAGGUUCAUCAAAUAAAAUAACUUAUUGGGAUAAAAUAAUAACAAAUCCCAAUGAUGCAAAAUUAGAUUUAAAAAAUCAGAAGAGUAAAUAUUCUGUAUAUGAUGUUGAAAAAAGUUUUAGAGAAAGAAAUGCUACAGUUAGAUUAGAAUGGAAUAUUCAACCACAUAUUGGUCCUUUAAUUUAUGGAUCAACUGAAGAAUUAGGUCAAUUUCAAUUCGUAACGAAUGAGAAGAAAUAG